CGGAGCAGCAGGUCUUGCAUCAUGCGGAGGAAGAGGCUGCGCUUCCCCGUGCCCUCCUCCUCCUCUGGGCCGGGCCACGGCGCCUUCCAUCUCCCUUUCCCAUGAAAAAAAGGACUUUUCCCAAGCACCAGGCAGGGCUGCCGGCGUAUCCCCGUGGCCAUGCAGCGCUGCCUGUACUGGCCGGCCGCCCCGGGGCCGGCGUGACCGUGACGCCCUGCCUGUCCUUUUCCGGGUCCAACGCCUCCGUCACUGAACAGUUUGAUGGAGAAUCGGUCGGAUGACAGCGGGAACCGUUGUUAUCACCGGGGGAAUCCUAGCAACGGUGAUCCUACUGUGCAUCAUUGCCGUGCUCUGCUACUGUAGGCUACAGUACUACUGCUGCAAGAAAGAUGACUCCGAUGAGGAAGAGGAGGAGGAGGAGGAGGAAGAGGAAGAGCCCAACCUUCCCACGCACUCGCACCUCGGCACGUGCAACGCCUGCAACUCCCGCAUGGUGGACGGCCUGGGCAGCCCCGCGCCCCCCCUCAGCGAGCUCAACCAGCACGGGGCUCACAACUACUGCCCGACCUGCUCCCCCUACGGCUCCCCCUUUUACAUCCGGACUGCCGACAUGGUGCACAACGGGGGCGAGAGGGUCACCUACACCCCCGCGUGCUACAAGGAGAUGGGGCCGCCCAUCAACAUGGCCACCCUGCAAAGCUACCCGGUGAGCCGCCACGGCCUCCUCCGCGAGAGCUUCCCGAACCCGCGGGCUAUCAGCACGGAGGUGUAGUAGUCACCGUUGCCACUAGCACAGGGUGCCCCCAGCCGGUGCCCGCUUGUCUUUGUGGGAGGGGGGGUUCCCGCAGAGAGGACCCCACAAGCCCAGUCCGAGACCAGCACGGUCCUCCUGCUGAACCGCCCGGCACGGUUAAGCUUUACGGCUGAGAAGACGAGAGAGACCUCGAAGGGCGACGUUAAACCGGCCACCUCCGAACCCAUCAUAAGUGUCAUUAUUAUUCUACUCUAUCUCCUGAAGGGACUUGUCUAACGAGGGCUAUGUACAGUACAACCUAAUUUAAUUACCCCAGGCUCCCCUGACUCCCCGAGUGAGGACUCUAGUGUCCCCACGCAGCCACCCAAGGCGAUGCCCGCCACCUCCGGCACACGGAGCGAUGCGCGACCGGCCGCCGCCUCCGGCAAAUCCUGCCGCUGAGCUGGGAAUGGCAGCGCUCCUCAGCGAUGGGAAAGCAAAGAAGGGAAAAUCCAGAUCAUCCUGCUCCCCUCGUACUGCGUUAGUUGCCGCUAGCAGUUAGCUUUUGUGUUCGAGUGUAAGAUAGGACACCGUCUCCCACCCGCUUCGGUCUUUGCACGUGCUGAAGAAGUUCAAGAUGUGAAUUUCGAUCACCGCCGGGGGAGGCAAAGUUGCUCGCAGAACCGCUCACCCACACAAACGGGCACAGGCUGAUCCUUCUGCGGCCGAAGCCCCCACCUCUUCUACUCUUCACAAGCUUUCUUGGAGCGGUUUUAACUUGGACCCAUAAAACCGGCAAGAUUUUACUUACGGGAAGAAUUGCAUCUCUAAGUAACUGCGGUUUUGGUGACCUUCAGUGUUCGCUGCCCUACUCAGCCCACCCUGACAACUCCGGACAGCCAGAGGAAGGUUGGCUUUAGGAUGGCUUUUGCUUUUGACAGCCACAGCAGAGACCACUGGGUCACAUCUCCUCCUUCGUAGGAACCAUGACCUCCCCGUGGGAGAGCGAUGUUCAGGUGAUUGGGGUGUGCCCCCCCCCAAUUUUGGCUUUUGGAAGCAGAGGGUGCAAGACCCGAACCAGGGUUCACCGGCUCCGCGGCUGGUAAUGACAGCCAGUGACUCUGCCUUUCUGCAAAAAUGAUUGUGGGAAAGUUCCUUCUUCCUCCAUAAAUCAAAUUAGGUGAAAAAUUACUGAAAGGACAUCUCCGUCAUUCACAGGCACUUCCAUAGCAACCGGUGCAGGACCGCUCAGCUGAGCACUUCCCAUUCACAGCAGGGAGGAGGGGACCCGGACAGCCGCGAUCCCCGCAGCCGUGCGGACGCUGUUGGAGGCAACAGCAGAGAACACUUGCCGUGCCUUUGCAAUAUAGAGUACAACCACUCAGAAAUGGGAGUGGGUUGUUGGGUUUUUUUUCACCACCACAAUUUAGAAAAUUUGGACUUAACCUCCCCGUUCACGCACCGAAAAAGUGGGUCUCAGCACGGAGAUGCACGCUUACAUGCGCCUCGAAUGUCUCCGUUAUCAGGCAAAACGCUAAUUUACACUUUGGACCUGCUCAUGCCUUGGCACCUCUGCUCAAACUAACCGAAGAAAAGGAGCCAGCUGAACGCCAAAUGUGGUGAUGGUCCUUGUAACCAAACACCUCGCCCUAGCUCACAUUUUACACAGCCUUCUGAGCAAACGUUAUGCACCAUCUCCUGCGCCUCUGGCCCAGAAAGACAUCGCGUUUCCAUUAUCCUGAGACUCAGACUAGCUGCAUCUCUUUUUAGAGUCUCCUUCCAUUCUCCAAAUAGUGAUAGCAGGUUUUAAAUGUCCUCUCGCAUUAAGGGUACACAGGAGGGAAGAUGAAAGUUAGCAGCAGCAAAGCUCUCCAGAUCCCACUGGCCAAUAGUCCGUAGCUCCUACUGCUUCCCAUCCAGCCAGUACUCCUCCCUGAAAAUAUAAUCUGCGACUCUUUUUCUUGGCUAACUCAGUAAAUCCUGUCCUUUCCCACUAGAGCAUCCGCUCCUGGCAUCCAACUCUACCUCUUGGCACGCAGCAAGGCUUCCCACCGCAAUGGCAGCACGUGCCAGGCCAUGACCUCCGGAGGGUGGGAAUAACACAGGGGGCUUUUGCUUCUGUGGGUCACCGUUCUGGUGAAAAGGAAGGCAACCGCAUCGUCAUCUUCAUCACAUGCAAAGUAAGCGUGACCUGUUGCCUGCUAACAAGGUGCCAAGGCUGGCGAGGCAGUUCCAGAGUAGCUGGAUGGCCAAGAGGAGGGUUAUCCUCAAGGCCAGCGCAACACCCUGCGUCUGGCACGGCUACAGAGAAGCGGGUGUGAAAGGGCUGGAAACACGGGAGACACAACGGUGGGUUAGAAGGUUUGGGGGACGGAGGAGGA